AUGUCGGUGGGCUUUCUCCCUCCGGGAGCUCUGGAGGCGGAACUGGACCGAUGCAAGAAGUUGGAGGAUGAGGCCAGGCGGCAGCAAGAGAGGGCUGCCCGGGAGGUGCAGGCCGCUCAGGACCGGCUCGACCUCGCCCGGCUGCACCUCACCACCUGCGCGUCUCAGUGCCGGCAGGCCCGGGAGCACCGGGACGACGUGGACGCCGCGCUCCAGGCUGCCAAGGUCCUGGCCGCCCACUUCGCCGCGGUGUGGGAGUCCCGCGAGCGGCAGCUACCCCAGACCCUGCGCGCCAUCCGCGAGGCGGAGGGGGAGGAGCGCGACGCGCGCAAGGCCAUUGCCGUGGCCGAGGGCAGGCUGGCCACGGCGGUGGAGGAGCGGGAGGCGGCCGACGACAAGCUGGUCUCCACCAGCCGCGUCAUCGGCAAGGUCCGGUCCAAGGCCAGUGUUGGCCUGAAGAAGUUCCAGGACGAAGUGGAGGAGGGCUGGUAUGAGCGGCGCGGGGCGGAGAGGGACGCGCCGCGCAGCCUCGAGCGCAAGCUGGCGAAGGGCGGGGAGGACGUGGGCCCGUAUGCGAUGGAGGCCAUCUCCAAUGCCGGGUCGUGCGUAGGAGUUCUGGCCACGGAUGGCGUGGUCCUGGCAGCGGAGAAAAAGAUCACCUCCAAGCUGCUGGACACCACUGCGGUGGGGGUCAAGCGGGAGAAGCUGUACCAGCUGGACGACCAUGUGGCCUGCGCGGUGGCGGGGAUCACCGCCGACGCCAACAUCCUGGUGAACACGUGCCGGCUGCACGCCCAACGGUAUACACUGCAGUUCCAAGAACCCAUCCCCGUGGACCAGCUGGUGCGCGCGCUGUGCGACACCAAGCAGGGGUACACGCAGUACGGCGGCCUGCGCCCCUUUGGCGUGUCCCUGCUGUAUGCCGGCUGGGACGAGCACCGCGGCUUCCAGCUCUACCAGUCCGACCCCAGCGGCAACUAUGGCGGCUGGAAGGCCACCAGCAUUGGCGCAAACCACCAGGCGGCUACCAACGUGCUGCAGGGCGACUACGCCGAGGAUGUCGACCUGGAGCGGGCUGUGCGCCUGGUGAUCAAGGUGAUGAGCAAGACCAUGGACAGCACCACGCUGACCCCCGACAAGGUAGAGUUGGCCACGCUGUCCCGCACCGACGCCGGCCGGCUCGUGUACCGGGUGUUCACCGCUGCCGAGCUGCAGCCGGUGCUGGAUGCGGUGAACAGCGAGCAGGCGAGGGAGAAGGCCGCGGCCAGCUGA